AGCACAAAGUCCUUCGUGCAGGUGUCACAGAGCCGCUCGCCCACUCUCACACUCACUGACCGCGUCUUCACACGAAGACGAGGAGGCAGAUGAUGGAUAACUGAUCAGUGUAGGAAGGUUCAAACAGGUUGAAAGACAACAAUCUUUAACGCUAAAGUAGCGCCCAAAGAUGCCCAAAAGCGAUACCUGGCCAGGUGGCAUUGGACUGGAGGCGAUGACCAGCAUGGACAGCGCUGGCAGCUGUGACAGCGUUGUCAGUGGCAAUUCUGGCUAUAGUGAUGAUAGUCUGGAGCACCUGUCUGCUGAAGAGAAGGCCUGUCUCAUGUUUCUGGAGGAGACUAUUGAGUCUUUGGACACAGAGGAAGAUAGUGGCUUGUCUAAUGACGAACCUGACCAACUGCCCUGCCCUGGCAAUAUUGCUAACAAACUGGCUGACCUGUCAGCCUCCAUGAGCAAAAACAAGCUCAACAGUCCAAAGAAACAUGCCUCCAAGGAACCCACCAAGGAACCCACCAAGGAAAAUGUUGACACCAAACUUAAGCAGAGCUACCUGGUUCCUACACCUCUUGUUGUGGCAAACGGCUCUCCUUGUUCUGUGCCCAGUGCUAAGCCGGGUGUCCCAUCAGACAAAAACCUCAGCUCUCAGCCUCAAUCACUGAGCCAAGUACCGGGGCACAAACACGACCAGAAACCGACUCCACCUCGAGUACCUUUAGAGGUUAAUGUUGUGAUACCUCCUCCCAUCAAACCCAGGGAUUAUUCAAAUAAGUCUCCUGAAGGUUCUUUACCUAGAGGACCUCUAUCCUAUGAUGCACUUGUUCACCUGCGGAGGAGUGCCUCUUCAAAGAAAACACCUCUGUGUCCCAAAAUUGAUCAUACUAUAGACUCAGACAAGCACCUUCCAGGUGCAGUGAAAGGCCCAAACCUCAGCAAUCCACCAAGACCUGACAGAUACAACUCAGAGGCUCCUCCAGCUGUGGCCCCCAAACCCAAAAGGAUUCCUGCCAACAUAUCUGGCACAACACAAACCAAAGCAUCCAUAACCUCAGAUUCUUCAUACAGUAUCAAGAAUGCAAAAGAUCCCAAGGUUGUUAGACUGGAAGCUUUGCACAAGCUGGGCCUUCUGACAGACCAAGAGCCAGAAAAUGAUACAGUAGCCCCACUGGCUCCCCGUAAAUCUCACUCCUCUUUGGAUCCACCACCAAACAGAUAUACAAGAGGCCCAUCGAAUGUAAAUCCAUCAAGAAGCCCAUCAUUUUGCUAUUCUCAAGUGUCCUCAGAGCCCAAGAACAAGCCUCUGCAGAGCAGUGCCAGUUUCCAUCACUACUCCAGACGUGACCAACACCCUGUGUCUGCAUCACAUCCCGCUCAAUCCAACGGGUUGAAGCCAGCUGGUCUAGAGCGAUCUGCUACCCUGGACGGCCACAUAAACGGUGGACACUGUCCUGAGCAGCAACACAUCGCAACCUCCAAGCCAGUGAAAACCACCACUGCAGCUCAGCCUGCACCCAACAAAUCCUCAAACUCAGUUGGAUACACUGUGAUGGUGGUGCCCGGGAUGGGAGCCGAUCGAAAGGAAGCGCUUAGAAAGCUUGGACUGCUCAAAGACUGAAACAGAUGAACAGCAGAAGUUUGGCUGUGUGAAUGCAGAGCUUGGAAAGAGUUCAAGUGUACCAUCAGCUUAGAGAGCGUUAGAGCAUUAAGCGGGGACUUGGCACUCGGCACUUUGGCAAACACAAGCAGAGGAGGAAGAAAAAAAACAGGAGAAGGGCUAUUCCAGCACUUUUAAUGUAGGUCGCCGUGACUUACUUACAUGCGGGCAGUUUCUCUUCACCUAUUGUUCUUCUGUAGGUUACACAAGUAUCUGAAAAGGCACCCUACAAACCCUUGAGGCUCUAUUGUAUGGUAAUUAUAUUAAAUCUAAUCAGAAUCUGUUUGCUUGAACAAAUUACAGUCAGAUAUGACUUGAUAGAUCACCAGAUCAGCCCAAGUGAUUCAUAUGGCAUAAAGAAGCACUUCAAAUAUCAAUAUAUUGAGUAAGAAGCCUCAGUGUGCAUGAAACAAGCCAUACUCAGGUUUUCUACUAAUCUUGUUCCCUCCUCAUUAUAAUGUACAGAACACACUGCUCCUCUGUACUCCUACUUAAAGGAAACAUCAACACAAAUUAGCUGAGUUUUGACGAUACUGACCAUUUCAUAAUUCACAGAUGUGCCUGUAAGUGGAUUGUGUAGUACAGUCCUUGGAGCAAUCAGUUUAUGCAGCUCAUAAUUAUUGUAAAACAAAAUUCUGAAAGUGUUUUGGGGUGAUUUUUCAGUGUUUUCUAAUCUUUAGUAGCUACCAGCAGUUCAUUAGGUAACACUUUAUAUUGUUGUUCUUGUAAUAUGCAUUAGUUAAUGGGUAACAUGGCCAUAAUACAUCCUUAUAAAAUGCUUAUUAACAUAAAUGAGGCUAUUUCAGUGUUAAUAAUGGCAUAAUAAACAUGUUUAUAUAACAUAUAUGAGCCUAAUUAAGGAUUCAUUAAGGCAUUGCUUCAGAUGUGGCAGCUGCAAGAAACAUCCUUAACUGUUAAUAAAUGUGUAAUAAAGUAUGCAUUCAUCUUUAAGUAACAAAGAAGAGCUCAGUAAAGGUACAACUAACAUACAGCUGACUGACAUAAUUAAUAAUAAUUAAGAUGAAGGUACAAUAAGUACGAAUUUCAGUUAAAAACAUUCAAAAUUAACAAAAGUUAUCAACAGAUCAUUAAUAACAGUUCUUGUGUUUUCUGAAAAUGUGUAAGAUAUGGACUGAAGUUAGCAUGCUAACCAGCUAGCUCCAGCGGGUCCCAGUCUAAAGCGCCCGUGCUAUUGGUGUAAACACCAUCACCCCUCCUGUUCUCUCAACUCCCAGUCCGGACUGCUAGCUGAACGGCUACCUGAGCCAACUAUCUGACAGAAGCUAUAGUUUGCAACAGUAAGCAGUGACACAGUUAGUCAGUUCAAUAAAUGUGUGUGCAAUGAUGAUUUGUAAGAAUUGGCCAUCUGUCGAAUCCAUACUCCAGACAACUCCAAACAUGGCUGCUAACUAAUGCUAACUGUAGCUGCUGUUAGCCAGUAAGCUCAGCUAUUAGCAGACUCUACAGGGGCUAGGAGCUCGGAGCUAGCUCCGGGAUUCUGAAGGUACAAAAUGGUUCUUGAGGGGCUUAAUGGUUUGUCUCCUUCUGUCUUCAUAUUCUGUUUGUAAAUUUACAUUUUUUAACAGAAACUACAAUUUGUUUCUUAGCAUUCUAUAAUCCGUUUUUUAAAAUGUUUUUAUGAGGACUGAUGAUUGUUUGUAAUCUAACAUGUGUUUAUGAUGUUAUUAGUCCACGUACUUAAAAGGGCCUGAUCACCUGUUAAGUAAUUCUUUCCUACAAGGAUCUUAAUAUAAAUUGUUAAUGCACAUGAUUAUUGAGAUCCAAUAUUUUGUUAGCUCACCGAUUUCUUUCUACUCUUUUAUACAGCACGUGUAGUUCAGGUGGUUUUGAAGAUGUUUGACAAAUAUGUGGCUGCCUUCACUGUCUGAAAACUGGAGAUGUUCAUACAGAAUGAAAAAACGAUGAUAAUGUGACUAUUUUUACCCAUUCUAUCUGUGAAAAUAAAGACGUUCGCAUCUGA